GGUGUCUCUCCGCACCAGCCCGCGUCCCGCGCCGCUCCGCGCCCCCGCGCCCACAGCCCCGGCGGCGGCACGACGAGCGCGCCGCCCGGCUUGGCCCUCCCGUCCCGCUCUGCUGCCGCUGCCUUCUAGCACCAGCAGUCGCCCGCCUCCGCGCGUCCUCCCGCACCAUGUCGGUGGCCGGACUCAAGAAGCAAUUCCAUAAAGCCACUCAGAAAGUGAGUGAGAAGGUUGGAGGAGCUGAAGGAACCAAGCUAGAUGAUGACUUCAAGGAGAUGGAGAGGAAAGUGGAUGUCACCAGCAGGGCUGUGAUGGAAAUAAUGACUAAAACAAUUGAAUACCUUCAACCCAAUCCAGCUUCCAGAGCUAAACUCAGCAUGAUCAACACCAUGUCAAAAAUCCGUGGCCAGGAGAAAGGGCCAGGCUACCCUCAGGCGGAAGCACUGCUCGCAGAGGCCAUGCUCAAGUUCGGAAGAGAGCUUGGGGAUGAAUGCAACUUUGGCCCAGCGCUCGGUGAGGUAGGGGAGGCCAUGCGGGAGCUCUCGGAGGUGAAAGACUCUUUAGACAUGGAAGUAAAGCAAAACUUCAUUGACCCCCUUCAGAAUCUUCAUGACAAAGAUCUGAGGGAAAUUCAGCAUCAUCUAAAGAAGCUGGAGGGUCGACGGCUGGACUUCGAUUAUAAGAAGAAACGACAAGGCAAGAUUCCAGAUGAAGAGCUCCGUCAAGCUCUGGAGAAAUUUGAUGAGUCUAAAGAAAUUGCUGAGUCAAGCAUGUUCAAUCUCUUAGAGAUGGAUAUCGAACAGGUGAGCCAGCUCUCUGCGCUCGUCCAGGCCCAGCUGGAGUACCAUAAGCAGGCCGUCCAGAUACUGCAGCAAGUCACCGUCAGACUGGAAGAAAGAAUAAGACAAGCUUCAUCUCAGCCUAGAAGGGAGUAUCAGCCUAAACCGAGGAUGAGCCUGGAGUUUCCAAUGGGAGACAGUACUCAACCCAACGGGGGCCUCUCCCACACAGGCACCCCCAAACCUACAGGUGUCCCGAUGGAUCAGCCCUGCUGCCGAGCUCUGUACGACUUUGAACCCGAAAAUGAAGGGGAAUUGGGGUUUAAAGAGGGUGAUAUCAUCACACUCACUAACCAAAUUGAUGAGAACUGGUAUGAGGGGAUGCUUCAUGGCCAGUCAGGCUUCUUCCCUAUCAAUUACGUGGAAAUUCUGGUCGCCCUGCCCCAUUAGUGUGUAACGCGCUGGCUCACCUCCUCUUGACCCAGAUAGUCACGUUUUACCACUGCUUUGGUAAUGCAGCUCACAACACAUCCCAAGUGCAGGCCGCAGUGGUCCAAGUCAUCAAGCCCCACCACGUGUCUGUGGUUGACGUGUGUGACCCCAAAGGAGUCAUGGUGAUGGAUGGUAUCUUCUCAGCCUGGUAGGCAUGGCAUGUGCUUUUGAAACACCAUCUAAGGCCAGCCAGUCAGAGACCUGCCGUUCACACAGUUCUCAGGAGGCUGUGGCUUCUUAAAAUAAUGACCCUGCGCCACAUCCCAGAAAAACCAUCCUACUGAAGAUAUUAUCUAUCACCCAGGGGCCAUCGCCAGGUCUCAGGUUCUCCAUUUAAACAGGAGAAAGUCUUGGCUUUCACAUUGUCCCCUCCCAAAUAUGUGAGUCACAGAAUUGUGGAAGAAAGCCUCCCUCACCAGCAAAUUGUCUUCUGGUCUGAAUGAGUUAUUCCCUUGAUGCUCUUGGUAGAAAAAGUGUUGAGUGCGGAUUCAAAGUCUUCUCUGAAAACAUUCACCUUUCUUCCUCCCGCUGCCUAUCUCUGAGGUACAGCCAGUUCUCUUCCCUCCCUGCUGCUAAAGCCAAAGGGAAACUCCCAUUUUAUUUCUAAGUAAAACAAGUAGUAAUCAGCAUAUUGUGGAAGGAGUUGAAAAGAGGAGACUCUCCUUUAUGAGGAAUUGUGGAGAUCUGAUUUCCAAGCUUGAAUUUCUUGCUGCACAGAAAUGAUAUCUGUAUUGAGGGCAUUUCUGAAGGUACUGGGAAGAGGGAACACCUAUCUUCACUUCAGUUUUAUUUAUGAGUUAUGUGUUUCAUGAAUCCGUUUGACACCGAGACCCAAGGAGAAAAACACUAGAGAUCAUUCUUCCCUUAGUUCAUAGACCAAGAAACAGUAAACACCUUUUCUUUCCACUUUCACCUUGUGUUCUCUGAACAUCAUUUGUGCAUAUUCUGCCCUCAAUGAGGACCAAAUAAAGAUGAUUUUUGUGUUUAGCGGUUUAAGGUGCGUGGCUGCAUAUGCAAAACUCUUUCCCAAUUCAGUCGUUACUUUUAUCUCUGUCCCUUUGAUCUCAUCUUCCUUUUGUGUGUACAGCGCUGUGUGUAAAUUUAUGAGUGUUUUCUUUUGUACCAGUCAUUAUAGCCCUGUUAGUUUCUAUCCAGAGUUCUAUUUAUCUAGCUAUGCAGAUUCUCUGAGAGGUUUAACGUGCUGCUUCGGAUGUGCCACCUGCGGUAGUGGAUCAUGUGGAGUGAAAGGCAAAUCUUACUGCUUAAUGUACAAACUCUUACCACAGGAAGCAUCGCUGUUUCCAAUAAACAUUGCUGAAGACAGAA